AACACCUCUUAUCAGCUGCAGCCGAACCGCCACACUCAGGCCGUCUCUACAGCCGCUCACAUCUGGACAGCCUCCCCGUUCCGGAUCCCACUGCAAUGAGUUGGUGGAGGGACAAUUUCUGGAUCAUCUUGGCUGUGGCCAUGAUCAUUGUCUCUGUGAGCCUGGGCCUCAUCAUGUACUGUAUCUACAGGUGUCAACUUAGACAAGGCAAGAAAUGGGAAGUUGUCAGGCCCUUGAAACAAAACCGAAGAGAUGAAGAAAAGACAUAUGAGAAUGUUUUUAAUCAGUCAUCAGCUGAAUUACCCCCUCUGCCGCCCAGGGAUUUGCCUUCUCUUGGGGACUCCUCCCCACAGGAAACCCCAAGUCUGCCGCCGCCUACAUACUCACUGGUGAACAACGUGAGAAACAAGACAAGCACUUCCAGCUACGUGGAGCCUGAAAGUGACUAUGACGACAUAGAAAUCCCCGCAAAUACAGAAGGCCAUCAUUUAAAAACAACUUUUCCUUCAAAUUGGGAAGCCAAACAGGGCUCCCACCGCUUAUUUUAA